AUGUCUUUCCACAGGCAACAAACUCCUGAUUUUGAGUCGAACCAAGGUCAAUAUGAGCUUCAAACAAGAAGCGGGAUGGCGAUAACACUCGCCAAGCGCCGCGAGAUCGAAAAUCAACUCAGCGAUGUCACGACCAAGCAGGCUGAACUCCGGCCGGCCCAGCAAGCGCUUCUUAACUCAACCACUUUAACCGAGGACUAUCAACAUCGUCUCAAGAUGGAAUCCAUUGGAAGCGAGAUUAUGGACGACUUUAGUCGUGCUUGUAAUAUGCUCGCCGAGCUUAAACGCAAGGCCAAUCCCGACGACCAGCGCGUCCAAACGCAGAUCCAAUACAUCAGCGACAAGAUCAGACAGGACAUUGAAGGGUACAGAAUAUUGCAGAGUGAUUUCGAUCGUCAAAUGCGGUCGCAGGUCCGCCGGCGAUAUGAGAUUGCACAUGAGGAUGCUACGUCCCAGGAAGUUGAUCAGGGUGUGGAGAAUGUGAUUUUUGGACAGGAAGAGGUAUUCAGCGUUCAAGGCAUGCGAAGCGAGCAGGCCAGUGACGCUCGUGCUGCUGUUAUGCAGAGAUCAGCAGCCAUUCGCAAGGUCGAGCAGGACCUGAUUACUCUCGCGGAGCUGUCACAAGAAGUCGCUGCUCUUGUUCAGCAGCAAGAGUAUGCUGUUGUUGAUAUCGAAAGAGGGGCAGAUGAGACGCAUAAAAACUUUCAACAAGCGAAUGACCACUUGGAUAAGGGAAUUAAAAGUGUGCGCAACGCUAGGAAAUGGAAGUGGUGGGCUCUCUUUAUUUGCCGUGAGUAUACAUCGCGCCGUUUCGAGUCAUUUACUAAUUGA